ACAUACACAACAAGGAGACUAAUUCAUUCAUCUGCACAAGAGGAUAAUUGAGUAGUAGACAGCUCGGCACUCGAAUGACUAUCAGCAAUGAAGUAAUGAGCGCGUAAUGAAGCAAAGAGGAAGAGACAGAAGGGUCAAUCAGUCAGUGAGUUAGAUGGUGGCCGAGGAAGAGGGUGUGUGGAUAAGUCUCUGCUGUGUCUACCUGUGAUCCACCUGUUUAAAUAGGCUUAGGAGAGUGAAGAACUGGUCAGCUCACAUUAGACACACAGACAGCAGAGACCAGACAUACACAGAGACACACACAUACACCUAGACACACACACACACACACACACAAUGCACACCCAGACAUGCCGGGACGUGUAGAGGUGGGGCCGUCGCAGCACACAGCUGUGGUGGAGGAGGUAGUGGCUCAUCUCGUAGAAGCUCUGGAACUCAUUUUGCCGGUGUUAGUGUUACACAUAAUACUUGGGAAGCUGCUGGUUGUGCUCCUCCCACGGCCUCGCCAGGAGCAGCAAGAGGAGGAGGAGGAGGUGGAGGUGGAGAAGGAGGAGGAGGAGGAGGAAGAGGAAAAAGAGUCUGGAGGUGAGGUGAUCAAGUCCCCCUCCAGCCCCAGCCUGGUUGCUGCCGACCAGCCCACCAUGCCUGGGGGGGAGCAGGUGGCUCUCCGCAGCCCGGACUCCAAGGAGUUCACAGUUGCAACGCCACAAGAGUUUGUUAAGAAGUUUGGCGGCAAAAAAAUCAUAACCAGGAUCCUCAUCGCCAACAAUGGCAUCGCUGCUGUCAAGUGCAUGCGCAGUAUCCGCAAGUGGGCAUACGAGGUGUUCAGAAAUGACCGUGCCUUCCACUUCAUUGGCAUGGUCACCCCAGAGGACCUCAAGGCUGGCGCCGAGUACAUCAAACUGGCCGACACCACAGUUUGGGUCCCUGGUGGUGCUAACAACAACAACUAUGCCAAUGUGAAGCUGAUUCUUGACCUGGCGACCCGUUAUGAUGUGGACGCUGUGUGGGCUGGCUGGGGGCAUGCUUCUGAGUACCCUGAGCUGCCUGCCAAACUUCACAAGAAUGGGAUUGCUUUCAUUGGCCCACCAGAGAAGGCCAUGUGGGCGCUGGGGGACAAGAUUGCCUCCAGUAUUGUGGCCCAGACAGCAGACAUCCCCACCCUACCUUGGUCUGGCUCAGACCUUAAGGCAGAGUUCAGUGAGGGAACCAAUGGCUCUAACCUCAAGAUUCCUCGCGACCUGUACAAGAAAGGCUGCGUGGAGACCGUGGAGGAGGCACUGGCAGCAGCUCGCAAGAUUGGCUUCCCAGUGAUGAUCAAGGCAUCUGAGGGUGGCGGCGGAAAGGGCAUCAGGAAAGCAGAGACUGAGGACAAUUUCCCAGCACUUUUCAGACAGGUACAAGCAGAGGUCCCCGGCUCCCCUAUAUUCAUCAUGAAGCUUGCCGAGUGUGCCCGCCACCUGGAGGUUCAAAUCAUUGCUGACGUGUAUGGAAAUGCUGUGCCGCUAUUUGGUCGUGAUUGCUCCGUCCAGCGCCGCCACCAGAAGAUCAUUGAGGAGGCACCAUGUGUCAUCGCCAAUCCUGAGGUGUUUGAGAAGAUGGAAAAGGCUGCGGUUAAGCUGGCAAGGAUAGUAGGGUAUGUCAACGCAGGAACAGUGGAGUACCUCUAUGACAACGAUGGCAACUUCUACUUCCUGGAGCUCAACCCUCGCCUGCAGGUUGAGCAUCCGUGCACAGAGAUGAUCACUGAUAUCAACCUUCCUGCUGCCCAACUCCAGGUGGCGAUGGGGAUCCCUCUGCACCGUGUUCGCUGUGUGAGGGUCCUGUAUGGGGAGUCUCCUUGGGGUGAUAAUGUGAUAGACUUUGACAACCCAAGAAAGAAACCAAUUCCUAAGGGUCACUGUAUUGCUGCACGUAUCACCAGUGAAAACCCUGAUGAAGGAUUCAAGCCCAGCUCAGGAACAGUUCAAGAGCUCAAUUUCCGAUCCAGUAAGAACGUGUGGGGUUACUUCAGUGUGUCGGCAUCAGGUGGCCUUCACGAGUAUGCUGAUUCACAGUUUGGCCAUUGCUUCUCCUGGGGCGAGGACCGAGAGGCUGCCAGAGAGAACCUGGUAAUUGCCUUGAAGGAGCUGUCCAUCCGAGGAGACUUCCGCACUACUGUAGAGUACCUCAUCACCCUCCUGGAGACUGAAACCUUCCAGCAAAACUCAAUUGACACUGGAUGGCUGGACCACCUCAUUGCUGCUCAGGUGAAGGGGAAGAAGCCAGACACAAUGCUGGCUGUGACCUGUGCUUCUGCCCUCAUUGCUGACAACACCAUACAGGACGCUUACAACAACUUCUACAACUCCCUGGAAAAAGGCCAAGUACUGCCCCUCAAGUCCCUCAACACAGUAGUGGAAGUCGACCUCAUCUCGGAGGGCACCAAAUACCACGUGCAGGUGACUCGGUCUGGCCCCACUCAGUACUUCCUGGUCCUCAAUAAUGACUGUAAGAGUGUUGACUUUUACCGAAUGAGUGAUGCUGGCCUGCUGCUGUCGGUGGAUGGGGUCAGCCACGUCACUUACCUAAAGAAUGAGGUGGAUAAGUACCGUGUCACCAUUGGCCACCAGACAUGUGUAUUUGAGAAGGAGAAUGACCCCACCACCCUCCGCACCUCAGCCCCAGGGAAGCUCAUCAACUACCUUCAUGAGGACGGCAGCCACGUGUUCUCAGGGCAACCUUACGCUGAGAUUGAGAGCAUGAAGAUGGUAAUGGCCUUGACAGUUACCGAAUCUGGCUGUGUGUACCACCUGAAGCGACCUGGAGCAGUGCUGAACGCUGGGGAUAUCAUCGCUCGCAUGGACCUUGAUGACCCCUCGCUGGUGACCAAGGCCCAGCUCUACACUGAAAGCUUCCCCCCGAGCAAGACAACUCUGCCCAGGGAUGCCGAGAAACUGAACCACAUCUACCAGUCACGGAGAGCUGUGCUGGAUAAUGUGCUGAAUGGUUACUGCCUCCCGGACGACUACUUCACCCCAAUGGUGCGGGAGACAGUGCAGAAGCUCAUGAGUGUGCUGAGGGACCCCAACCUGCCUCUACUUGAACUGCAGGAAGUGAUUGCUUCCAUCAGCGGCAGGAUUCCUCAGGCAGUGGAGAAGAAGAUACGCAAAUACAUGAUGAUCUACGGCAGCAAUGUCACCUCCAUGCUGGCUCAGUUCCCCUCCCAGGAGAUUGCUAGUGCUGUCGACAGCCAUGCUGCUUCACUGCAGAAGAAGGACAGGGAUGUGUUCUUUGUCACCACGCAGGGGUUGGUGCAGCUCUGCCAGAGGUACAAGAAGGGCAGUCGUGGCCGCAUGACUCAGGUGGUGCUGGAGCUGCUCAAACACUACCUGCAGGUGGAGACACAGUUCCAGCAUGGCUCAUACGACAAGUGUGUCCAUGCACUGAGGGAGCGAUACAAGGAGGACAUUACCAACAUCCUGGGCACCUUGCUCUCACAUGCACAGGUUGCUAAGAAGAACCAGAUGGUGAUCCUCCUCAUUGAGCACCUGUGUGGCCACGAGCCAGGCCUCACCGAUGACCUGUCGUCCAUCCUGGAGCAACUCACCAAACUCAACAGCUCCCAGCACUCCCGGGUGGCUCUUAGGGCUCGCCAGGUCCUCAUUGCAGCACACCAGCCAGCCUAUGAGCUCCGCUACAACCAGAUGGAGUCAAUCUUCCUUCCUGCUAUAGACAUGUAUGGACACUCAUUCCAUCCAGAGAACCUCCAGAAACUGAUCCUCUCGGAGACUUCCAUCUUUGAUGUACUUCACGCCUUCUUCUACCACUCUAAUGUUGCUGUGCGGAUGGCCAGUCUGGAGGUUUAUGUGCGGCGUGCAUACAUCAGCUAUGAAUUGACCUGCCUCCGCCACAAGGAGCUGUACGGAGGAGUGUGUGUAGUAUUCUUCAAGUUCCUGCUUCCAUCCUCACAUCCCAACAGGAUUCCCCACAACAAGAUGUGGAGCACCCUGGAAUAUUCUGACCCCCACCACACCCCAAUCGACCCGCCCACCAACCUGGAGAACUGCCAGCGCAUGGGCAUCAUGGCAACGUUCAAGACCUUCGAGGAGUUUGAGAUCUACUUCAGUGACCUCAUGAACUUCUUCCAGCCCUGCGAUCCUUCAGGUCUUGAGGGAGAGAUGAGCCCUCAGGAACUUCUCUCAGGCUCCAUCAAGCUUGGCUCCUCCUUCAAAGAUUUCAUGGGGGAAAUUAAGGAGACCAAGGACCCCAUCCACAUCAUGAACAUCGGCAUCAGCAUGGAGGAGGAGAAGGACGACAGUGAGCUAAGUGAACAGUUUUCCGUGUUCUGCGCCAGUAAGAGAAAGGAGUUCAAGGAGGCCGGCAUCAGACGCAUCACAAUGGUGGUCUUCUACAAGCAACAGUUCCCUCGCUACUUCACUUACAGACCAAUCCAUCUCUUGAAACACAAUGCCCAGCCCACUACUUCAAGGGCGAGGGAUGAGUUCCAGGAAGACCGCAUCUAUCGCCACCUGGAGCCUGCCUUGGCCUUCCAGUUGGAGAUCAACCGUCUGCGCACCUAUGACCUAGAGGCCCUGCCCACUGCCAACAGGAAGAUGCAUCUCUACCUGGCCAAAGCUAAGGUUGCAGACGGACAGGAGGUGACAGACUUCCGUUUCUUCAUCCGGUCAAUCAUUCGUCACUCCGACCUGAUCACUAAGGAGGCAUCAUUUGAGUACCUGGAGAAGGAGGGAGAGAAGCUGCUACUGGAGGCCAUGGAUGAGCUGGAGGUGGCUUUCUCUCACUCCCUGGCAAAGAGAACUGACUGCAACCACGUGUUCCUCAACUUUGUCCCUACGGUUAUCAUGAAUCCAUCCAAGAUCGAGGAUUCCAUUCGUUCGAUCGUCAAUCGGUACGGCCGUCGGUUGUGGAGCCUGCGAGUGCUUCAGGCGGAGAUAAAAAUGACCAUCCGUCAGACGCCAAACAGCAAGACAAUCCCCAUUCGUCUCACACUGUCCAAUGAGUCUGGCUACUUCCUGGACAUGCAUCUGUACCGGGAGAUCACUGACAAGCUGACAGGACAGGUCAAAUUUAGCGAGUAUAAGAUAGACCCAGCCAGCCGGCCAGCAAAUUACAGCAACUGGCAGCGCUACACCUGGCCCACCCGGGGAUCAUUCUCGAUCAAGUUUGAAGGGUUCGGGAUCCGCCAAGGUCCUCUUCACGGCCUGCCCAUCUCCACGCCUUACAUGACCAAGGACUACCUGCAGCUUAAGAGAUUCCAGGCACAAAAGAACGGCACAACCUAUGUGUAUGACUUCCCCGAGAUGUUCCGUCAGGCCCUUGAGAGAGAGUGGGAGAAACAUCUGAAGGAGAGAGGUGAGAAUGAGGACAUUCCAGAGCACCUGAUCAGCCUGGUGGAGCUAGUGCUGGACCAGGAUGAUCAGCUGGUGGAGGAGAAGAGGCUGCCUGGAGAGAACAAUGCUAAUGGAGGAGGGAACACUGGUAAAGGGACCAGUAACAGCUCCUGGAUAAAUAAGGAGAUUGGCAUGGUGGCAUGGCGCAUGACUCUCCACACCCCAGAGUACCCAGACGGCAGGGACAUCAUCGUCAUCUGCAACGACAUCACCUACCAGAUUGGCUCUUUCGGCCCCCACGAGGACAUUCUCUUUCUAAAGGCGUCCCAGUUAGCUCGCCAGCUCAGGAUUCCAAGGAUAUACAUAGCGGCAAACUCAGGUGCUCGCAUUGGUCUGGCCGAGGAGAUCAAGCACAUGUUCAAGGUGGCGUGGGAGGACCCGGCUGAACCUGACAAAGGAUUCAAGUACCUUUACCUGACACCAGAGGACUACAAGAAGGUGUCCACUCGUUCUAUCUAUUGUGAACUGAUAGAUGAUGAGGAUAAUGCACACUAUAAGAUCAACCACAUCAUAGGUAAGGAUGAUGGCAUUGGUGUGGAGAACUUGCAACAUUCUGGUAUGAUUGCUGGUGAGACAUCCCAGGCUUACAAUGAAAUCGUGACCUUCUCCAUGGUGACCUGCCGCGCUAUUGGCAUUGGGGCUUACCUGGUGAGGCUCGGCCAGCGUGUGGUGCAGGUGGAGUCGUCACACAUCAUCCUCACAGGCUUCAGUGCGCUCAAUAAGUUGCUGGGGCGGGAGGUGUACAGCAGCAACUCUCAGCUGGGCGGUGUGGAAAUCAUGCACAAGAACGGCAUCUCACACGCCGUGGCUCCCAACGACCUGGAGGGCAUUCACACCAUCCUCAACUGGCUCUCCUUCGUCCCCAAGACCAAGGAGUCACCAUUGCCAAUCCUGGACCCAGUGGACCCCAUCGAGAGAGUAGUCGGCUUCAUGCCAGGCCGGGCACCAUACGACCCUCGCUGGCUGUUGGCUGGACGACCGAACCCUAAUAACCCAAAUGACUGGGAGAGUGGUUUCUUUGACAAGGACUCAUUCCAGGAAAUCAUGGAGCCGUGGGCACAGACCGUGGUGAGUGGACGGGCCAGGCUUGGUGGCAUCCCAGUGGGUGUCAUCUGUGUGGAGACUCGCACUGUGGAGUUCAACCUUCUGGCUGAUCCUGCUAACCUGGACUCAGAGGCCAAGACAGUAUCCCAGGCGGGGCAGGUGUGGUUUCCUGACUCGGCUUACAAGACGUCCCAGGCCAUCCGGGACCUGAACCAUGAACAACUGCCACUCAUCAUCUUUGCUAACUGGAGGGGCUUCUCUGGUGGCAUGAAAGACAUGUAUGAGCAGGUGAUCAAGUUUGGCGCAUACAUUGUGGAUGCCUUGAGGGAGUACAGUCAGCCAAUCCUGGUGUACAUUCCCCCCUAUGCUGAACUGAGAGGUGGUGCUUGGGUGGUAAUAGACCCAACCAUUAACCAGCGACACAUGGAGAUGUAUGCAGACCCAUUGUCCAGAGGAGGAGUGCUGGAACCCGAGGGGACUGUGGAGAUCAAGUUUAAGAUGAAGGACAUAGUGAAGGCAAUGUCCCGCCUUGACCCAACCAUCCACCAGCUGAACAGAGCACUUACUGAGCCAGACCUGCCAGAGGGACAACAGGCUGCCAUCAGGAAACGCAUCAAAGAGAGACAAGAGCUGCUACUUCCUAUGUAUCAUCAGGUGGCAGUGACAUUCGCAGACCUCCACGACACCCCCGUCAGAAUGCAAGAGAAAGGGGUGAUCCAAGGGGUGGUGCCGUGGUCCCAGAGCCGCAGGAUUCUCUACUGGAGGCUGAGAAGGCUGCUGGCGGAGGACAGCGUGAAGAAGGAGAUCAGGAAGGUGCAACAUGACUCAUCAGAUGGACAGAUUGAUGCCAUGUUGAGGCGAUGGUUCUUUGAGGAAAAGGGAUCGGUUGAGAGUUACCUUUGGGACAACGACCGGGUGGUGGCCGAGUGGGUGGAACACCAGAUGGAAGUGUGCAGCACUAGGGAGGAAGGGAACACCUCCUACCUCCAAGAGAACCUGCAGAUCAUCAGGAGAGACAAUGCCAUCUCACAAGUCAAGGAAGUGGUCAAGGAGUUUCCUGAGAUUGCUGUGGACACCAUUGUUCACAUCAUCCGUCGCAUGUCCCCGUCACAGCGCUCAGAGACCCUGCGCACCCUUAACACUAUGGACCUGGUGAGCCAACAGAGUGAGCCAGUCACCACGCCGGAUCCUCAGGAAAACUCCAACUGACCCGCAGACUGGCGCUGGGGAAGCCACCUCUAACACCACCAUGCCCCCUGCGUCUCAUGCACACACAUACACACACACACACACUCCACACUGCACACACUGACACACAUCCUUUCAAUAUUUUUAUGUAUAGUCUCCAGUAAGUUAGCAGUAAAGUACAUUUUGUAAAUACAUUCAGAAGGAUGAGUCAAGUUCUUAUCCACAUGGGGAGUUUGUAAUGCUCAUUAACUAUUGUUAUUAACCUCUUCUUUCAUAUGGAUUAUAAAUGUGCUUUUGUACAUGUAUGAGAACUUUUGACCUGCUUUGUCUCUCUACUGUAUUGAUGAAGUGAACCUUAAUUCCUUCCAUCUUAAUAUAUGAAGCAGACAUAAGCUUUAUAGUCCAAGAUGAAUGAUAAAUUCUUACUUUUCAUCACGAACUAUAAUUCCUUCCAUCUCAAUAUAAUCUCGGAACAAAGCCAAUACUUUUAUACUGUUUUUAAGAAUCAUUGAGAGGAGACAUUCAGGGUUAAGGGAUGAGAGAAGGCAAAGAAUCACCAAAGAGAAGUAUCACAAAAGAGCAGACAACUCUAGAAGGCUUUGUUAGACCCUUUGUUGUUGUCAGGGCAGGGAUGUGUGCAUACCUUGAGUACUGCAUGAGUCAACUCCAUGUGGGGAAAGACAUUUUUGUGGCAGUGUGGAGUUACUUUGCAUAUUGUGGUGCUCUGAAGUGCAAAGAGAAAAUUUGAGUUCACAGGAGGAGGAAAAUAUGGUGUCAUUUUUAUAACAAGAGGCAGCUGAUGGCACCAAAUGAAUGAUUGGAAUGCUGUUGUGAUGAUUGUCUAACCUUAAAAAUAAUUUGCCCUUCAAUAUGUACUUUAUCAUUAUAUUUGAGAGUUGUAUUAGCCCAAUGUGAACUUCCCAGUUGUUUUCGCAUUACAAAGUGUAAAAACAAAGCAUCUUCACAUUUUUUCUUUUAGUCAACAAAGUGUCAUCUACAAACAAUAUUCUGCCUUUGUAUUAGUGUUGUCUAUAAUUACACUUGGUUGUUUUGAUUUUCUUCUUGGCCAAGACUUAGUUCACAAGUGCCAGGUAGCUACAUUGUACUUUUUAAUGCAUUACUUUCCGUUUCCCCAAGUAUUAGUCUACCUCAUUAAUGAACAGAUUGGUUUGUUGCUGCAUCAUUCUAGACUGCUUAGAUGUCAGAAAUUGCAUGAACUACAGAAAGACUUGCUGCUUUUUUUUUUUUUUUUUUUUUUUUUUUUUUAUUCUUUGUGUGUGUAUGAUGUUUAUUAAAAGCGUGUGUGUGAGUCGGUACGAUGCAUGAAAGUAUAAAAUUUCAAUACUGCAGGUCAAUUUCUUGCCACAGAGCUUUGAGGCAAACAUCAAAUGAGACAGCAGCUGAAGAGAACUCAAUAAUUCUGUACCAUUUGUGUGUUUGUGUUGCUUAUGUGGUGUGUGAGAUGGUGUGACUAGAGACCAGUGUUCAUCCAUUAGCACCACCACAAUCACUACAUCAGUCAUAGUCAUCACCACAGACUACCAUCAUUAUCCGAGUUUCAAUUCUUAGUGUGAAUUUCUCAUGAACAUUCCCCAUACAAAACCUUACCACAGAAGGAAUACACCAUGAUAGGUUAGUGUUGGCCAAUUUACCAGGGGAUAAUUGUAAUUGUUCUGGAUCAAGUAGAAGGAUGGAAGUGUUCAAUAACUCAGCAACAUAGUAGUACAUGCACCGUCUCAUCACUCACUACCAGAUCUCUUGUUUUGUAGGUGUGAUAGGAUCUUCCUUUUUGCUUGUGAAAGUUAUAAGAUAUUUAUCAUGCUUUGUGUUGAAAUUAUUGAUUAUUGAUUUAUUGAGGGUAAGGAAGAUGGUGAAAGAAGUCUUGAAAUUGUGGAAGCAUUAAGUGUUGUGUUGUGAAAGGUGGCUUGUUUAGGGACAAUGUAAGCACAGUUAUGAUUUGGAGUUGAAUUGCUCACUUCCACUAGCAUCGUGUGUUGUCUUUCCCCAAUCUUAAGUUAGUGGCAUGUUGACAAAUCUUGCUUACCAUGAGAAGUGAUGUUAUUAGCAGAUCAUGGUACUUGAGAUUGGGUGAAAUACAAAGCACAGUUGUAUGAAGUGUUGCAGGUUACGUACUCCUAACACGGACUGUCCAGGAAUAGCAGAAUGCAGGUGGUGGAGGUAGUGCUGGCCAUAUUUAGAGGCUGUCUAUGAAUGAUGAAUGUUCUUCCCCUGAACUGAAAUUGGUAAAUAUCAAUGAAUGAUGAAUUGAUCACUGUUUUUAUUUGUAAGAUGACAUGUUUGUGAAAUACUGUACCAUUGUCUUGUGAUUGAUACUCUUUUUGACUACAAAUCAGUGAAGGAUUUGAAGUGAUAACCUAGUGACCAAAUGCAUUGAUAGUAACAAAAUAGUAAACAUGCACCACUUUUGCAAUAUUAGAAUGACUAGCAUGUGUUCUUUGCUAAUAAUUAAUGUACAAGGCUAGAUUAAAUUUAACAUGAAUUAUUUUUGUUAUGGUAAUCUGGGAAUAUUUUAAAGUGACAAGUGGAUUUGUCAGUGUUAGUGGUGAGAAUUUAAAAGAAUUGUAUGGUAUGAAUUUAACAUUGUGAGGUUUGGACACAGAGCUGACAACUGACUGGGGCACUAAGACAUUAUAUUUACAGAGAGGAAUAAUCUGAAACUAGAAGAGUAAUGUAACUAUUUGAAUUAGUAAAUUAUUUAAAAUUUGGAGUAGGAAUGAUUGAAAGCUUAUAUAAAAAUAUAUAUUUGAAUAGUUGGCUGUGACAAGGGCCCAAAUGCCCCUGGACUGAAAGAUGUGUUCUAUUCUACAAUUUUCCAUACAUCUUGAAAACAUGACAUUACUUUAGCUGAUAAAUGUUAGUUGCACGCACAACAGAGAUACAAUAGGGAAGUUAUAGAAUAGAAUACAUUUUUAACUAUACCACUGUAGUUGGUAGUUUGUCCAUUGUCACAGCCAGCCAUUCACAUUCCGAAGCAUUGAAAGUGCAGAAGUUGACAAGAAAUUCGCACCAAGUAUCAAUGAGUUAAGUUUAUGGUGGUUGAGGGAGGGUUGUGUUGUGCAUUAAUUCCUUAUAAUGGUUAGUGUUGAGUGGCCCGAGUUACCAGUGUAGUGAUAGAGCAAUGCAAAAUAUUUAUGAUGAGUCCUUUAUAGAGGCUGAUGUGAUUUUAAAUGUGUUUAUUAGUUUUAUUUGUGCUUUGUGUCAUGAGGUGCUUGUUACUGUUUGUUGACCCAGAAACCCAAAUCAUAUGUAUAUUUAAGCAUUUAAAAGUUUUAUAUAGAAUAUUAUUCAGAGCACAAAUAAGUUUAUAGCGAUGAAUUAAGAGAUGGUAAAUGAGAGAGAGAGAUUCAUAUGACGAGUGAUAGGUGAGUAGCUGAGUAUGCAAGAGAGAGAGCAUGUGUGAGUGAAUGGUAAUGGGAUGGAUGAUACAGGAAAGUUUGUGUGGGCAAGUUUUGUGUUAAGCGAUAUUGAAGUAGUUGUAUCCAAAUACAGAAUGAAGACUUAGGCAAGCAUAGAGUGGUUGAGGAGGAGCACCUGGAGCAGAGACAGCAUGACAGUUAUGGCUGGAAUAAUACUAGUGUUUGUAAGGCAUACAACUCAUCACUCUUAAUAAUCACAAAGGUCUUAUUUUUCUGUAUUUUCACCAUGUAGAUUGUGAAGUAUUUAGGAGAAAUAAAUAUUUGUCAUAA